GUAAAAUAUUCCACCAGAAAUGGAGGAAGGCGGUGAUUCUAUAUGUGUACAGCGUAUUGGAGAACAUCUUCCGAUAGACGAGGAUGCUGAGGAAAUAGAAUUGCACCUCUCCAGGAUUAGGUGUAUAGAAAAUCUAGAAUCGUGUGUUAAUCUCAAGAAACUUUGUCUAGUUUCCAAUGUCAUUGAGAAAAUUGAGAAUCUAGGCAAUAACCUAGCGCUCGAACAUCUGGAUUUGUACCAAAAUAAAAUCACGGUGAUCGAGAACAUUAAUCACCUAACAAAUCUCAAGAUAUUGGAUUUGUCCUUUAACCAUGUAUCAAAGAUUGAGAAUAUAGACGCACUUGUCAAACUGGAGGAACUAUACUUAAGCAAUAACCAUAUCAAAAAGAUUGAGAAUGUCUCGCAGUUUACUCAACUAAAACUACUGGAAGUUGGAUCGAACAAGAUUAGUAAUUACGGAGAAGUUGAGUACCUGAAAUCACUCACCGCUCUAUGGAUGGGAAAGAACAGGCUAACGACAAUGGACCUGCCUAGCCUUCCGGACUUGCAAAAAUGCAGCUUACAAAACAACAGAAUUAGGGAAUGGGAUGCGAAUGUGUUGGAAAAUUGUCCAAACUUGGAAGAAUUCUAUCUGAGCUAUAACCAUUUGACCGAAAUACCGCAGUUUAUUACCCUGAUGCCCAAACUCACCAUACUAGACCUUGGAAACAAUCAAAUAUCAAAAAUAGACAUUGGAGAAAUCAACUCUACAAUCGAAGAACUUUGGCUUAAUGACAAUGCUAUUGAGGAUGAGAAAGAGGUAAAUGUGCUAAAAAAACUUGGCAAUCUCAAAGUUCUUUAUUUGGAAAGGAAUCCAAUACAAUAUAAACUAGGACCAAGCUACAGAAACAGGAUAUUAGAUAUAUUACCAAAUCUUAAACAGCUUGAUGCAGUCUCUCUGGAAAAUAGAACCUACUAA